UCCAGAUCUGCCAUAGAGAUUUACGAAUUCCUAUAUAAAGUUCUCUGCGGACACGUUUGAACAGCAGAGAUUUCAUCAUCAACAUUUUUGUUAACCACUCAACUGACUUCGCCUGACAAUGAUCCCCUCGCAAAGCCUCCAAGAAGAAGCCCAAGAAGAAGCCAAACCAUGGCACUUAGUCAAAACUAAGUGGGAGGGCAUCUCUGAGCCUCAUCAGCAGUACUGGUACCAAACCGUUGGCUACAUGCUAGGAGCGCUCCUAGAUAGUGCGGGGUACAGUUAUGAGAGCCAAAAUAGUAUCCUUCAUCACUUUGCAAAGCUUGUUACGCCAUAUUUAGGCGUUGCCCCUUGGUCGGAACUUCCGCGGUGGGAGAGUUUCAUGACCGACGACCAUACUCCCAUCGAACUGAGUUGGGACUUCCACACCGGCGCGGACCAACCCACCAUCCGCUAUUCCAUCGAACCCAUUGGAGCCGAUGCUGGUACUGGUACAAAUCAGUACAACGAGGGAACUGCGGCGGCCUUCAAACAAGCCCUGUUCAAGGCAUAUCCAGAUAUAGAGACCGCUUUGCUUGACCACUUUGAAGCACGCUUUAAUGGGAGUUGGGCCGAUAGAAACCCAGAAGGUCACUGUUCGACCUUCUUUUGGGCUUUCGACCUGAACGAGAAAACUCUUACGAAUAAAGCGUACUUCUUCCCCGGCGUUGUUGCGCGUGCAACCCAUCGGUCCAAAUUGAGAGUCAUCACAGAUGCUAUCACUUCUGCCCCUGGAUGCGGAAUCGGAAUGCAGAUUCCCUUACACAUCUACAUCGACUUUGUAUACCAGCAUCCAGGCUUGGAGCCCGAAAUAGACAUGUUGGCUUUAGACCUAGUUCCUUUAGAAAAGGCCAGGCUUAAGAUCUACUUUCGGGAGAGAAGGACAGACUUUGGCUCCGUCAAGGAGACUAUGUCCCUAGGAGGCCGAAUACAGGGCCCCGAAUUUGAGACGGGUAUGAAGAGGCUGAAGCGGCUUUGGGAUGCUUUAACGUGCAUGCAUAAUAAGCCUGAUGAUAUCCCUCUCCCCUACAAAGACCACAGGACAGCCGGUAUUCUCUACAACGUCGAGUUUCGCAUGAAUGUAGAAACCCCAAAAGUCAAGAUUUAUAUCCCUGUACGGCACUACGCAAAGAAUGAUCAGCAAAUCAUCAAGGUCUUGAAGGAGUUCUUAACGGAACAGGUCGGACAGCGGCAAGCUCUUCGAACAGCGCCAGUGAGUGCCGAGUUAUAUUCCAGAUGCCUGGGAAAUUUGUUUGAUACAAAGGCCCUUGCUGGCGGCCUUGGUGUUCACACCUAUAUUGGCUGCUCUAUACAACGUGGGGGAGACUUACGCUUGGUAUCUUAUAUUAAUCCCCAACUGGGAAAGAUGAAUAGUCAGGUCCCUUUUGCAUCGCCUGAAAUGAGAACGAAUGGUGAGAAGCUCCCGAAUUGAUGACAUGUUAAGGGAUGUUGCAAAUGAUAC